AUGAACGACUGGUCCCAACCCGACGCGAGUAUAUCCAAUUCCCAUGAUGCUGCAUUUGCCUCUCCAUCAGGCGCUACCAGCUGGGCCGAUGGAUUCACCCAUGAUCCAGGCUUCCUAGCAUCCCAAGAGGAGCUACGAUGUAUGCUUUUCAAUGUCGCGGAUUCUACAGCGCCGACUCGUGCACCGAGCCCAGAUACCCAGGGUCAAAACACCACACAAUCGCGCGACAGAGAGCAGACACAAACACGUCCGGUGCUGUCAAAUCUCCGUCGAAUUGAGUACUUGAAGAACUAUGUUGGUCAAGUAGCACCAUGGCUCGAUAUGUUCGAUUCGCAAUGUACCUUUCGAGUGCAGAUUCCCGCACUGGCCCGAUCAUUCCCCGCCCUAAUGAAUGCGAUCCUCGCGAUAUCCGCCCGGCAAAUGGAAAGGAAGGAGGGGAUUCAAGACUCCUUUGACAGCUUGGAGCUUUACCAGGAAGCAAUUCGCUUGUUGAGCCCGCUGUUGGAAAUGCACGACCCUAAAGUUGUCGCCGCCUGCGUACUGCUAUGCUGCCUUGAGAUGAUGUCUGCACGCGCGCAGGAUUGGCAACGUCAUUUGGAGGGGUGUGCCGCACUUUUCGACGCCUUCGAAAUGAAUGGGUUCAGUAGCGGCCUUCUACAAGCAGUGUUUUGGUGCUAUGCACGCAUGGACUUAUGUGGUGCGUUGAUCUCUGAUGGGACACAGGGCACUCUUCUUCGGCCCAGCAAAUGGCUCCCGCCUGGAUGUCAUGAGGAUGAUGCUGCACAGCUCUUUGAAGCUGCGCAAUCUUCAGACAUGCAUGCCAACUACGCCGUAUAUCUCUGCGCAAAAUCGUGCGAGCUGGUGGCUGAUCGUACUCAGUUUGUGGAGCUAGGGGUACAGAAUGACUGCGCCGGAGAGGUCUUCAAUCGCCGCUGGCUGCGACUCUGGAACGAUUUGCAGCACUGGCUUGACAACCGACCACCGGAGCUGUUACCAGUCCACACAACAACGACUAAGCCAUUCCCUCAUGUUCUUUUCCUCCAAUGGGCGGCUAUAUCCUCGAACCAACUAUACCACACGGCAUGCAUUUUGCUGCUCAACUCGAUGCCCAGAUCUAUCAAGCUGCAACCGACACCUGCAAUGUCUGCGCUGUGGCAUGGGAGGCGCAUUUGUGGAAUUUCGCUCGCCAAUCCGCACCACGGAUGCUUGAACAAUGCCAUCCAGCCGCUGUGGAUUGCGGGACGGCUAUUCAGCCACGUGUCUGAGCACGCGAUUAUAAUCGGCCUAAUCCGUCAUAUCGAAGCCGAGACUGGAUGGGGCGCUUGCUGGCGUAUCCGCGACCUGGAACUCGCCUGGGGGUAUCGAAUCUCACGGUCAGAUCGGACUAUUGAUAGACAGCGGUUUCCCGUAACAGGAUGA